CAGAACCACACUGACGAUGCUCUCCUGUCCCGCCUCAUAACAUCCGGGCUGCUUGACGACUCAUCCGUCAAACGUAUGCGUGCAACAUGCAAGCUACUGCUCAUCAAUCAGUAUCCGAUGUAGCAAACGAAGCACGGGCACUCGCCCAAAGCUUGAAGGAGGCAGUAAAAAGAAAUGAAGUCUUGGACAAGGAUGUCGAAUUCAAGCGCAAGAGUCUUCGAAAGCAGCAUUUGAAGUUACUGUUACUCUACCCCAUGUCAAAGGAGGCAAAGGAUGCAGAGACGCAUAUCUGGAUGCAGACUUCCUAUCAAGCCAUCUCAGUUUAUAAGCAGCGCUUGGCCAUUCUUGACAGGAACUUGUUCUCGCCUGCUGCGCAAGCACACAAGGGUGCUGCUGCGCGUCAAGUCCCCAGUGCAGGAGGUCAUGUCGAAUACCGCAAAAUGCUCGCGCGAUUCCGCCAGUUCCUGGCUGAAGAGGAGAGGUUCUAUGUGCAACUGCUUGUCCGCUACCAGAUGCAGUUCGGGUUGACGGAAGCACGUUCGGCGCUUGUGGAAGCAGAAGUAUUGCGUCCUGAACAAGAGGAAAACUUGCAGACGGAAUCCGGGAGAAAUGUGUUCCCAGAAGAGACAGAAACAAUCGUUGGGGAAAAUGAAGAGCGAGAAGCCAAGUUGGCGAUAUUCACGAAGUUAUUUGUCUGUUUGGGUGACAUUGCUCGAUAUCGUGAGCAAUACAACGACGGCGGUGGUAGACCAAGAGCGGGCCAUGAGGAAGGACCUCCCAGAAAAUCGGGAAGAGGCAGGGGAAAGAGUAGCUAUGAAACUAUCGCAAGGCCUCGAAACUAUUCUCGGGCCAGAGUUAUUUACGAGCAGGCCCGAUUACUGCUUCCCAACGAUGGCAAUGCGUCUCAUCAACUCGCAAUUUUGGCUUCAUAUCAGAAGGAUUCAUUUCGUUCGCUCCUACAUUACUAUCGUGCACUCUGCGUCCAGCAUCCGUAUGAUACUGCAUCGGACAACUUGAACACUGUUCUGAAGAAAGCAUUGGAUCAGUACCGAGUGUCUAAGGCGAAUCAAGGAGAUGACUCUCAGGUGGUUCAAAAAAUCCGUGUGGAUAGAUUCUUAGAGCUGGUUGUUGUGCUUCACGGACUUUGGUAUCUUGAUUCUGACGAACUCGCGACAAGAGCCUCCAAACAUUCCCGAUACGUCAUUGCGAAGUUCAGGUCGCUGAUUUCCGAGCCCGCCCUUCCAGCUAACGUCGUGUCCGACAUCGUCGUUCUCGCAUUCAGUGCACUCUGGAAGAUUCGUAUGAUUCGGGACAAGAAUAUACGCGCGAAUCGAAGAGUCAUUGAACCACUUAUUGCUACUCAUAUUCUUUCUUUGUCUCGAGCGCUGUUCGACACGUCGAGAGUCCAACUUUCGGUCAAGAUAGAGGAUGUGUUGGAUAGCGGAGAUCUCGCGCAGCAGAUCACAGCCAUUUUCCGACGCGUCCUCCCGGCCAUCCGCAUCGCAUCUAAGUGGCUGUUAACGAACGCUCAGCAGUUGACCAAAGCAACAGCAGCUUCUUCGUCACCCGACUAUUAUAAGAACUCUAUCAGGGCGUUUUGGAACGGGUAUGUAUCUUUUCUGACAUCACUGAGUGACUCGUAUCCUCGCGCGAGGCUGCCUGAGUUGAAGAUCCCGCUGGAUGAGGACGUGGAACUGAGUGGCUUCUCGCCAAUCCAACGGAAUUUGUUCGUUCGUCCGCCCUUGAAAGACGACGAACUGGCUUCUGAGGCUCGUGUGGCUCAUCCUAAUGAAGAAUAUCUUAUGCGAAUAUCGGAUAUCCUGAAAGAUGCAGAACAGAUUGCUACAAUUGAGAAUUCGCCAGUCUCAUUCUCUUACGGCAAGUUCACACUGUCUGGGCAACCUUCUGCCGUUGAUGAACCCGCACGAGUUGCAACACCUAUCGUUGCCGCACCUGGCCCUCCAUUAGAACCAAUUCAGCCCGCUCAGGAUAAUCAUGAGCAUGACGAGGAUAACGACAACACGACGCAGACAUCGCGUACAGAUGAUGAUGUGGUCCGUGAAGCGUUCAAUGAAGCUCUUAAGGAUGGAGCGGAUGCCGGCGGUGACUUUGAUGAAGAGGAAGAUGAGAAAAUAGUGUGGAGUCCUCCGAAAUCACAUUUGUCUCCGAUGCAGAAAAUUAUUCAGCCGCCGCAUAUGUCGCCUCUUCAUAUGUCACCUCAAGCAUUUCCGUCAAUGCAACUAUCGACGGCUUCCUCGCCAACACGACUAGCGCCUCCCGCUACACUGCCUCCGGGUACAACUGCUCAAGAUUUGCUAAAUAAUGUACUAGCCUUUUCGCGUUCGAAAAGUGAUCAGUCACUCUUCGUCCAUCAGUCGUCUACGCCCCAGGCAUCAUUGCUGUUUGGCUCUGGCUUUAAUAGUGCGACGUCGUCAAUAUGGAGUAACACGAGUGGUCAGUUAGGACUAGUGGGGCACGUGCCGCCGUCUGGAUCGCAGUUCGGACCGUUGCCAGUUGGACAUGAGCGGGCGAGAUCGCAGUCGCUCUCAAUGUCGCAACCCUCAGUGACGCAGUCGUUCGCAGACACACAGGACUCAGUAUAUCAGAGUGCUAACACUGCAUCAGCUGCGCUUCCAGUAGGGCAUUUAGGAAGUAAUUUCGGACGAUUGGGCGGACGGCACCAUCACAGCGUGUCCUUCUCAGGGCCGCAUGGUGCUCUUCAGGCAAGUGCACCAGCAGUUGCACCCGUACCUUCUUCACCACCGGGGCAAGUGAUCUACGACUCGCAGCUUUUGUACGGCUCUCCGGCGAGUGGUAGUGAAAUGCAAGAUCUGCAUAUGCGGCAUGGAGUGGGAUAUGGUGGACAGAGUGCGGAUCCCGACCCGUUCUUGUAUUAUGAUUCACGGAGUAUGAAUGCUGUCGGAGGGGUUAGUGGGCCGACAAGGGCGGGUGUCGAUCCGUCGUUGAUUUGGAAGACAUAGAUAAAGAGAAAUGUAGUUGUACUUAGCAUGUAACGGAUGAGAGCAUUGUGAUGACGCGAGAAUGAUUUGUCAGCCCG